GGAACAGAGGGUGUCCCCUCACGGCCCUCACGGGAACAGGGGUGUCCCCUCACGACCGAUGGAGUCCAAGUGGCUCCUCACGACCCCCGUGCCAAAGCGGGAACCAGUGGUGUCCCCUCACGACCCCUGCGGGAAGAAGGGAGUCAGGAGUGUCCCCUCACCACCUCCGAUGAAGGACUGGAGCCAGGGUGUCCCCUCAUGGCCCCUGCGGGAGCAGGGAUGUCCCCUCACGAUCCCCGCGCCAAGGCGGGAGCAGGGAUGUCCCCUCACGGCGGAAUGGAGUCAGGGGGUCCCCUCAUGGCCCGCGCCCGAGGCGAGGGGGCCGCGCUUUACAGAAUUACAGCAAUUACAGAAUCCGCUCAGUAAUUGCUGUCACUCGUUGUCCCUCAGGCUCUCGGGGCCAUGUGGAGCCCGGCCCCGCUGUGCGCCCUGGGCCGGAGGCGCCCCGGCCCCUCCGCGCCGCUGCAGCCCCUGACCCGCCUGCUCCAGAGGGAAUAUCGGGAGAAAACCCCGAUCCCCCUGCUCCAGAGAGAAUAUCGGGAAAAAACACCCAUCCGCCUGCUCCAGAGGGAAUAUCGGGAGAAAACCCCGAUCCCCCUGCUCCAGAGAGAAUAUCGGGAAAAAACACCCAUCCGCCUGCUCCAGAGGGAAUAUCGGGAGAAAACCCCGAUCCACCUGCUCCAGAGGGAAUAUCGGGAGAAAACACCCAUCCACCUGCUCCAGAGGGAAUAUCGGGAGAAAACCUCGAUCCCGCUGCUCCAGAGGGAAUAUCGGGAGAAAACCCCGAUCCCCUGGCUCCAGAGGGAAUAUCGGGAGAAAACCCCGAUCCACCUGCUCCAGAGGGAAUAUCGGGAGAAAACCCCGAUCCCCCUGCUCCAGAGGGAAUAUCGGGAGAAAACACCCAUCCACCUGCUCCAGAGGGAAUAUCGGGAGCUGCUGCUGCCGGGGCAGGGCUGGGGAAGGACACAGCACCUGCCUCCCCGCCGGUUUUUAAGUAAUAAACCCAAAUCCAGGCGGCAUCCCAAAACAUUCCCGGUUCUAGACGGACGUGUCCCUGCCGUGUGCCGCCAUGUGUUCCAAGAGAACUUAAGGAACAGUGAGGCUGUGAUUAAAAGGUACUUGGAAUUGCUGGAGAAGGUGAAGAAAGGAGGGGGAGAACACGCCAUCCUGCGGCACACGCAGCGCAAUAGGAAGAUGUUCGUGCGGGAGCGCCUGCGGCUGCUGCUGGACAAUGGGGAAUUCCUGGAGCUGUCCCCGCUGGCAGGGCUGCACAUGCCCUACGGGGAUGUCCCCGCCGCCGGCUGCCUCACCGGAAUUGGCAGAAUCUGCGGGGUCUGGUGUGUCUUCAUUGCAAGUGAUGCCACUGUGAAAGGAGGAACAAUUUACCCAAUUGGAGUGAAGAAACAACUGAGAGCCCAGGAAAUUGCCAUGGAGAACAGGCUGCUGUCUGUGCACCUCGUGGACAGCGGGGGAGCCUUCCUGCCCCUGCAGUCAGAGCUGUUUCCUGACAAGCUGCACGGCGGCAGGAUUUUCUACAACGAGGCAAUCAUGUCUGCCAUGGGAAUCCCUCAGGUGGCCGUGGUGUGUGGCUCCUGUGUGGCUGGAGGUGCCUACGUGCCCACCAUGGCCGAGGAAUCCGUGAUCAUUGACAAAAUCGGGACCCUGUUCCUUGCUGGGCCGCCCCUGGUGAAAGCUGCCACGGGAGAAGACGUCUCUCCUGAGGAGCUUGGAGGAGCCAGGCUGCACUCACAAGUCAGUGGCUGCAGUGACCACUUUGCACCCUCAGAGGAGGAGGCCUAUGAGUGCAUUCGGAACAUUGUCUGUACCCUGAACUGUGAGCCAGUGCCAGAGGGGGACAGGGAGCCUGACAGGCCCCUGUACAGCCCUGAGGAGCUGCUGGGCCUGGCACCCCUGGACUACAGCUGCAGCCUUCCUGUCACACUGAUCCUGAGCCGGCUGGUGGAUGGAAGCAGAUUCCAGGAAUUCAAGGCUGCCUAUGGAACAACAUUAGUGACAGGAUUUGGCCAUGUGGAAGGGCACUUGGUGGGGAUAGUGGCCAACAACGGGGAGCUGGCUCACGAUGCUGCUCUCAAGGGAAGCCACUUUGUGCAGCUCUGUGGCCAGAGGGGAGUCCCCAUCCUCUUCCUCCAGAACACUGCUCCACAGCCAGCAGGGCCUGCAAGCAUCUCACAGUGUGGGAGAUCAUUCAGCCCCAACUUUCUGUUCCUGUGGCCCAAUGCAAGAGUUGCUCUUGUGGAUUCUCGACGUUUCCCCACAGCUCCACCAGCUGGGGACUGGACAGGAGAGGAACUGGAGCUAGAACAGCUGAAGGCAAAGCUAGAGGAAGAAAGCAGUGCCUUUUACUCCUCUUCCAGGCUCUGGGAUGAUGGGAUCAUUCUACCUCAAGACACCAGGAAGGUGAUUGCCCAGUGCCUGGAGAUCAUGGAACAGAAGAAGUCCCAGGCUGUGUCUCCCCGUUCCCAUCCCAUCAUCAGGAUGUGACUGCAGCCCCCUCCAACCACAACCCUCUACCAGAACUCUGAAUAUAAAGGUUUU